AUGCCUUCUCUUAGCAUGCCCUCUCUUACCAACCUUUUUACCCCCAAGCUGGCCGUUGCCAAGCCCUUCCUCAAGCUCGCUUCGAAGGUCACCAUCUACGGCCUCAUCGCCCUGGGCACCAUCGAAGUCCUGCGAGGAGGCCCUUCAGUUCGAAUGAUGAAGAUCCUCAUUGGCAAUAAGAAAGCCUGGGACCCUCGCUCGCCCGACAAUCUCGGCAUCGUCAAGUACACCCAGCUGUGGUGCGCCAGCUGGUGGCACUGCACUAUCCGCGCUCCGUCCAAGUACGUGGUUAGGAAGUUCAAGGCCCUGGCCAACAAUAUCCGACGCUCUUACAUCGGCAACUGGAUUUCCCGCAAGGGAAAGAAGGACGGCACCAACGAUUCUGACGGUGUUGACUCUGAGAGAGUCUCCGCCUUUCAGGAGAUGUUUGACCGAGCGGUCGCCGAGGCCGCCGCUGAGUCGGCUCGCGCCUGCUUUCCUAGGGGCCCCCCCGCCGCCGCCGAAGAAGAAGAAGUAGAGAUUCGAUACUGGUGA